AUGCAGGCGAUUGCAGCGAUGGUUCGGGAGAAAAUCCGGCGCCAGACUCCCGCCGGAAUUCGUUCCAACAAUACCGCACGACACCGCCACGAGCGGCAUGAAGCGCCACCACCAGCGACAUCGCAUUUGUCGACAUCGUCGUCACGUCCAUCCCCGCAGCGAGUGGAGGCUGCCGGUGGGAAGAGGACAGGCCAUGAACUCCCCAACAACACUCAUAAGAGCAGCACCGGCGUCAAUGACAACGGCGACGGCUUCGGCAACACGACAGUUGCGCCAUGUUGGCUGUGCGCUCGACCUGCCAAUUACCACCUCGCCGAGGAAUUUAUUCUCUGCUUUUCCUGCUUUCGGCUCGUGAUACGCGCGUACAUAUUUCCUCUUAUUGACACACGGGAGCGGCGCAAAAGCGACGCCGCCUUCAUUGCGAAACUUUGGCAGCUUUCGGUGACGCAGUCGCCCUCGCCUGCGGUGGUGGCGCCACCACCGCAGGAAACCGAGGCCUCAUCGGACGGGAAAUUGCGGGGCAUAACGUGCGACGACACCGUCUCGGUGGUGGAUCCUUCGCAGGCCAACUUUGUUAUGUCCAGUUCUGUUUUGCGGAGCCGCACGAAGCGGGGCGGCGAGGGUGGACGAUCGCUGCACUCCGAGACAGCAAGGUUCCUCAAUCAUUCCUUUUGGACAUGCCCUCAGUGUACCUUUGUGAAUAGUGAUAGUGAGCGUUUUUGUGGAGCAUGUCAGUUUCAAAAUGUUGGCACCGUUAUUUGUUCCUUUUGCCAGUCAGCAUGCCGUUUUGGGGAAAAGCGGGUUUCAAAGUGCGAGGUAACGAAAUUACUACAUAUAGUCUGGAAAUGUAACGCAUGUAGCGCUUUUAAUACUGUGGAUGGUGACAGGUGUCAAGUGUGCAACCGACCCCUCAUAUGGGCGUGCUCAAGAUGUACGGUAGAGCAGGAGUCAUUUCGCACCACAGAGGGACUUCGUGUCUGCCGUACUUGCGGUGCGUACAACAUGCCACUGGAAGUAAUGCAGUCACGCCUUGCGAUGUCAUUGCAGCUUAGCGAGAGGGAGAUGCAGUCGGGCGUUGAGUUUGGCGUCAAUGAUUCCGGAACGAUUGCGGAGCAGAUGCGUCAGGCGGGAAUUGAAGAGGCAAAGGAGCGUCUUGCAGAUCGUAUGCGGCAACUUGGCGUUUUGCAGGUGAAUGAGCAGGUUUCAGAUGGCAACUGCCUUUUCCGCGGCCUCGCGAAUCAACUUUUUGGUCAACCCGGCAACCACAUGCUUCUGCGCCGCCUCGUUGUGGAUUACAUGCGGCAGCGGGCCGAAAGCUACAGUGUCCUCUUUGACGGCGAGGCGGAGUGGGACGAGUACCUGCGAAAUAUGCAGCAAAGCGGUGUGUGGGGUGACGAGUUGUGUCUUAACGCAGCCGCACGAUGUUUUCAUGUGAAUAUUCACGUCAUUACAAGCGAAGCGUCACGUUGGCAUUUGGUGUUCCAGCAUGAUGAGUUAGGGGCCUCGCAGUCCAUCGUUCGUCUGGAGAAAGAGGAGGUAGAAAAGGAGAAACGAGAUGAGGCUGCGGCGAUAUCUUUACCUCCCACGCAGAACUCCAUCUGCCUAUUUCUUGUCUACAUGGCGCCGGUGCACUACGACGAUGUGAUGCCGUUCCGUGCCCCGCAGGUCGAUGACGUGCGCCAGUACGUCGUGAAGAGUCUCUCCGCCACGAUGGAGAAGGAGAGCUCGCGGCGUGCCACAAGGGGCGGCGAGAUGACGCGGCAACAACGGCCACACCAGCCACAACAACAACAACAGCAAGCACUCAGGAGGCAGAGACCACGGGAAGUUCCUCCCAGAAGUGUGGGAGGCGGCGUGCGUCCUGUGAGAGAGACGCAGGCGUCAUUGCCGUCCAUGCGGACUUCGCCGUUGGUGCCUUUUUCGCCCGGCUGGAACCGUUCCGCUGGCAGGGGCAACCCCGCAUGCUGA